GCGUCAUUUGCGUCUAGGAGUUAUCUGCGUCCAAAUUGUUUCCUCAACAUUCAUCGAUCUCUUCCAAAUUUUCAUCUCAUCUAUAUUUCUUUCUUUCUUUCUUUCUUUUAGCUCUUCUCAACUAUCUACUCAAAAAUCCUAAUGGCUCUUAUGACCAGCAAAAGAGUCACCCACCAACGCAAGAACUUUGAAGUCUUCUUAAGUUUUAGAGGUGAAGAUACCCGCCUUUGUUUUACAGGUUAUUUGUAUCAGGCUUUGGAUCGUAAUGGUAUUAAUACCUUCAUUGAUGAUAAACUCCCAAGGGGAGAAAACAUUUCUGAGGAACUUCUCAAGAUUAUUGAAAACUCAAUGAUUUCAAUAAUUGUAUUUUCUGAAAAUUAUGCAUUUUCCACCUGGUGUUUGGAUGAACUUGUCAAGAUUAUCGAGUGUAAGAAGAAUGACCAAAUAGAGGUGCGACCAGUUUUUUACAACGUGGAUCCAUCAGAUGUACGUAACCAAAAGGGAAAAUUUGGGGAAGCCCUAGCUAAACAUGAAGAAAAAUUUAAGGAUAAUAAGAAGAUUCAGAGGUGGAGAGAAGCUCUACAUGAAGCAGCUAAUAUAACUGGUUGGCACUACAAUCAAUGCGACCCUGAAUCCCAUUUUAUUGAAGACAUUGUCAAAGAAGUCUCAAAUGCUAGAUUCAAUUGCUCGCCAUUAUUUGUUACUAGAUAUCCAGUUGGAAUAAAUUCUCGUGUAAAAGCCAUGCUUUUAGAUAUUGAGUCAAAUGAUGUUCACAUGGUAGGGAUCUAUGGCCCUGGUGGAAUAGGUAAGACCACAAUUACAAAAGCUAUUUUUAACAGAAUUUAUGAUCGUUUUGAAGGAUUUAGCUAUCUAGAGAACAUCAGAGAAAAGUCAAUGACAAAUGAUGGCAUAAUCAAACUACAAGAGACACUUCUUUUUGAGAUCUUAGGGGAUAGAAAUUUGAAGGUGGACAACAAAGAUAGAGGAAUCAAUGUUAUAAAGAAAAGACUUUGUUGUAAGAGGAUUCUUUUAGUUAUUGAUGAUGUGGAUAAUUUGGAACAAAUAGAAAAUUUGCUUGGAGAAUCUGAUUGGUUUGCUUAUGGGAGUAAAAUCAUUAUAACAACAAGAGACAAACAACUGCUAUGUAGUUUUGGUAAAGGUCAUUCAACCCACAAGGUUCAAGAACUAAAUGAUGAUGAAGCUCUCGAACUCUUUAGUAUGUAUGCCUUCCGUAAAAAUGAACCUAAGAAAGGUUAUUGGGAACUUGCCGACCAAUUUAUACGCUAUGGCGAAGGUCUUCCAUUAGUUCUAAAAAUAAUGGGUGCUGAUUUAUGUGGAAGGCCUAAAUGUGAAUGGAAAAGUGCAUUAGAUCAGUAUAAAGAAAUUCCUAACAAAGAAAUUCAGAAAAAACUCAAAAGAAGUUAUGAUGGAUUGGGUGAAACUGAACAAGAUAUUUUCCUUGAUAUUGCAUGUUUCUUUAAGGGACUUGAUAAGGAUUAUGUUGUAGAUAUACUAGAAGGUUGCAAUUUAUACCCAAUUUAUGGUAUUAAAAAACUUAUUGAUAAGUGUCUCAUAAUUGUUGAUCGAUUUAACAAAUUGAUGAUGCAUGGCUUAAUUCAACAAAUGGGUUGGGAAAUCGUUCGACAACAAUCACCAAAAAAGCCCAAAAAAUGUAGUAGGAUAUGGCGUUAUGAGGAUGCUGUUAGCGUGCUAACUGAAGAUGAGGGAUCGGAUGAAAUUCAAGGCAUAAUGUUGUGCUCGCCUGAACCGAUAAAGAAGCAAUUCAAAGUUGGAUUUUCUAAGAUGAAGAAUCUCAGGUUGCUUAUAGUUCGCAAUGUACACAUUUGUGGAGAUCUUGAAUAUCUUCCUAACGCAUUAAGGUUGCUUGAUUGGAAUGAAUAUCCUUCAUCUUCCUUGCCAUCCACUUUUUGUCCUCACAAAAUCGUUGCACUUAAGAUGCCACAGAGCAACAUUAGAUUGGACAAGCUUCUCAAGAGCUUACAAUCCCAAACCCUGAAAUAUAUGGAUUUUCGUUCUUGUGAAUACAUUAUGAAAUUACCUGACUUAUCAAUGUCCACCCCAAACCUAAAAGAAUUGGUUCUUUCUGAUUGUAAUAAUUUAGUGGAGGUUCAUCAAUCUGUUGGGCGUCAUAAUAAGCUAGUAGUAUGGGACCUCAAGGGUUGCUCUGAACUUCAACUUCUUCCAGAUUGUCUCAUGAUGAAAUCACUUGAAUAUUUUAAUGUUUUAUACUGCUCAAAGCUUAAGAAGUUCCCUAAUAUUCAUCCAGAGAUGAAAAGUUUGAAGUAUUUAGAAAUGGGAGAGACUAGAAUUAGUGUGUUGCCACCAUCAUUUGGGAAUCUCACUCGGCUUAGGACCAUACUCUUCGGUUCCUAUGACCAUUUGUUACAUCUUCCAAGUAGUAUCUAUGAAUUGCAACAUCUUUCCGAUCUUGGUCUUUAUGGCACUGUCAUAUUUCCAAAGGAUUUCAGAUAUAUAUUUCCAAGCUUGAUCAAACUAACACUAAGCUUUUUUGAAACUCGAUCAGAAGUAGAUUUUAUUUUGACUUCGUGUUGCACCCGCACAUUGAAAUAUUUAUACAUAUACAAUAGCAAUGUUGUUACACUCCCAGAAAGAAUUAUCGAUUUUACCAGCUUACAUACGCUUCAUAUUGAGGGGUGCGAAUUGCUUCAGAAUAUUCCAAGUCUUCCACAAAGCAUAACUAAAGUACAUGCAUCAAACUGUUUAUCCUUGGAUUCACAAUCAUCAAGCGAAUUAUCAAAUCAGUUCGGAGAAAUUUUAGGACAUCCACCACAACCAGAAAGUUUUUCAAGGUUCGGAGGGUUCAAGAAAACCUGCAGGCACUUCUUCCAAGAAUAUGCUUUCGAGAAUGUUAAAUUUAAAAAAGAGGAUUUGAAUUCUGAUGAAGAUGAGUGUAACGGAUUAUGGUUCUCCUCCUCUGACUUCUCUGUACUUGCAACUGAAUUCCAUAAACGUGAAACUAAAUACUUGAAUUCUGAUCUUGAAGACACUAGAUGUGGCUAUGAAAUUGUUGCACCAGGAAAUAUGAUUCCAGUGUUGUUCGAGCAUCAGAGUGGAGGUUCCAUAUCAUUUUGGAUUGGAUCAGAAUUUCACACACUUGCUCUCUGCUUUGCUUUUGGUAUGCCGAAGGGAAUUAAUUACAGUUACGUUUGUGAUGUCCACAUUUCCAUCAAUGGUUUCAAACGGGAGCUCAAAGCGCAACUCUUUGAAGAAAUGAACAUUGAUCAUCUGUGGUUUUAUUAUAUACCUCAAAGCUUAUUGCAGCAGCUAUUCAAAGACUCGAAUCUAGGUUCCUUGAAUUUUGUUAAAGUUUUAUGUAGAAUCUCUUGUUGGACUAGUGAAAGCACAAAAUUGCCUCCUAUCAUUAGAAGGUGCGGGGCUCGUCAAAUCUGCGGUUGCCGUAGUGAGGACUCAAUUAUUGUUGUUAAGCCUGCUAAUCAUCCCUUGGACUCAAUUUUUUCUGAUGAGGAUGAGCUUGAUAUGGAUAUGUCUUUAGCGGAUCAUCCCUCGGGUAAACGAUGACUUUGACUUCAAUCCAUAUCUACUAUCAAAGAAAAAGAGAACCUCUUAAUCGAAUUUCCAAAAUAAUGCCAAUGUACUAAUAUUACAUUGAAUAUGUUUUCCUUUGCCUCGUCUUCA